AUGGACUCCACUGUGAAGCAUGCUGUGGUUGUGAAAGUUAUGGGUCGGACUGGAUCUCGUGGGCAGGUGACUCAAGUAAGAGUCAAGUUUUUGGAUGACCAGAAUCGGUUCAUCAUGAGGAACGUGAAGGGACCAGUGAGGGAGGGGGAUAUCCUUACCUUGCUCGAGUCUGAGAGGGAAGCUAGAAGGUUGCGUUGAUCGGAGAUGCUCUCGUUUGUUGAUGCUUGAACUUCAAAGUUUUGGUUACUUGCAAGCAACUGUUAAUUACUUUUUAAGUUUAUCAGUAGCAUCGUAGACUUGAUUGUUGUGAUGAGAUUUCUUUGUGGAAUCUUUCGGAACUUCUAUGUAGGUUUUGUUUGAACAAGUAACAAAUAUUCCUGCUUGCUGUGUCAAA